AUGGCGUUCGCGGCUUUGGCCCUGUGGAGCGGUGGUUGGGGCUUGUCCGCUUCUUCGGCUCCAUGGGAAGAUGCUUCUGGCGCUUCUUUUGUUGUGGAUGCGGGAGGUGGCUACGACAGGGAUGAAGGACUGGAGGUUGUUCAUCGGCGAUUGGUCUUUGAACCUGCUUCAGCGAAGCUGGCCGAUGCGGAUCCGGUGCGGCAUGGGGCGUUGCUCCGGCCGCCUGGGCUUUUCAGCUCUGCUCAAGAUCUCGCCUCUCGCGGCGGGCUACGAUUGUGCGGCUCACAAAGCUUACAAGCGAUGGUGCUUCUCCGGAUCUAA